UUGUAAAUAUCGUGUCGUCGGCGAUGUCGCCAAAUCAUUGGGCAUGAAAGAGUUAGACAUUACUCAACCUUGGGACUUGUAUUGGUCUGAUUUGUCUAUCAGCAUCGAAAGAGCUAAAGAUAUGAAAAAAUUUCAAAAAACUAAUCAUUUUCCCGGAAUGACGGAAAUAUGUCGAAAGGAUCUGUUGGCUCGAAACCUCAACAGAAUGAUCAAGAUAUUCCCAAAUGAUUACAAUUUCUUUCCAAAGACAUGGUAUUUGCCAAUCGAUUUUACGAAAUUACAAGACCAUAUGAGUCAACACAAAGGCUUAACAUACAUCCUUAAGCCGGAUGUCGGUUGCCAAGGAAUCGGAAUAUAUUUAACGAAAUCUACGAAGAACAUUGCGCGAUAUGAAAAGUUGAUUUGUCAACACUACGUGUCAAAGCCUCUACUGAUUGACGGAUAUAAAUUUGACAUGAGGGUCUAUACUUUAAUAGCGUCAUGCGAUCCGCUUAGGAUUUACGUGUACAACGAUGGUCUCGUUAGACUCGCGACCGAACCGUAUGAAAAGCCAACGAGUAAAAAUUUAAAAAAUCUUUUUAUGCAUCUCACAAAUUAUUCGGUUAACAAAAGAAAUACUAUGUACAUAGACAACGAAAUGUAUGGAAGCAAACGUCGGUUGAAGACACUUAAUAGCUGGCUCGAGGCUAGACAGUACAGCGUAGAAAAGAUAUGGGAAAAAAUCGACGAUGUUAUCAUUAAAACGGUUAUUGUCGCCUAUCCUUUCGUCAAUAGAAGUUAUCAAACUUGUUUUCCAAAUCACGAAUACACAUCGGCGUGUUUCGAGAUACUUGGUUUCGAUAUACUGCUCGAUGUGAACUGCAAGCCACACCUUUUGGAAGUCAACCAUUCGCCUAGUUUCCAUACGGAUACUAAACUUGAUCAAAUAGUAAAAGAAGAAUUACUAAGAGAUACCUUCAAAUUAUUACAGUUAGACACUUCUAUUAAAAAAUUGGUUUCUGAAGAAGAAAAAUGGAAAGCGGAACAACGAAUAUUGAACACUGAUAAAAAUCUGAAAUAUAAACGAACUAAUAAUGAAACAGCAGAGAAAAAUAGUACAUCUAAAGACGUAGGCGAACCAAUAAGAAAAUGUAGUUGCUGCAGUAAUAGCUCAAAAGAACCGUUAAUAAAAAAAGAAAAAUCAAUUUUUAAGCCAUUACACGUUUUGAGAAAUGCUGUGUCAAUGAUUGAUUCGAGAUCGAAUACAAAUAAAACAAUCGUUAUGGAUACAGACAUUGUUAUGACCAUGACCGAAAAAAGAAAAUCAAUAUGUCAUCAAAAUUAUGCUACUAAAAAUUAUGUUGAAAGUAAUAUAAAAUCGACUCAUUCGGAAGCUAAAGAACUAGUGAUGGCUACUCGAUCGAAUUUUAAUGUAAAAAAUUCUAAAGUAUAUAUAUUUAACAAACCGUUGGCCAAAAAAGAUUCAGCUCAAAUGCAAACGUCUAUUAUUGAGACAAAUCCUAGUUUAGAGAAUGAAAAGAUCUUCAAAAUUAAGAUUAAAAAACAAUUUGCCGAUGUUCAGUCUUCGAUUUCAAGUAUAAGGUAUAAAAAAAGAAAAGGGUACUGGAAUUGCUGGAAAGACGUGGAAAUAAAUAUAGUAGAUGAAAAUGAAAGACUAGCUGGUCUAAAAGAUAGAGAUAAAAUUAUGUUCAAUAUGGGCAUAAAAGAAAUUAUUUACAACGCGUUUGAAAAAUUUAACAACUUGACGGAAAAGGAUAUAGAAAAUUAUACCAAUUAUGAGAAGAAAAAGAAAUUAGUCGGACCACCUUCGCAAGGAUGUUCUGUAUGGACCAUCAUGUUCAUGACCGAUGAAUUAAAAAACUAG